AUGCAAUUAUGUUCAACACCAAAAGGUUUAGUAGAAGCUACAAUUGUUGAAUCAACUAAUUUGCCUGAUCUCGGUUUAGUCUGUACAGCAAUAAUAAAUAGAGGAACCUUAAAGAAAGGAACGAUUUUGGUUGCUGGAACGUGUUAUGGACAAGUUAGAACGUUAUCCAAUGAAUUUGAUAAAAUUUUGGAUGAAGCUGGACCGAGUACUCCUGUUCGAAUUAGUGGUUGGAAAGACGAAUUACCUCCACCUGGUGAAUUAGCUUUUGAAGUUCCUAAUUUGUCCAAAGCAAAAAAGAUUGUUGAAUUUAGAAGACAAAAGAAAAUGGUCACAAUGUUUGUUGAAGAUUUGAAAAUCAUUGAAAAGCGAAGAGAAGAGGCUCGCGGAAAAUAUAGACAACAACGUUUUGAAUUGUUUAAACAAGGAAUUAUUGCUAGAGCUGGUCACUCUCCUGAUGCUUAUACAAAACCUAAUGAAGAAGAAAUUGCUGCUUUAGAAAUUCCUAGUCUUACAAUAAUUUUGAGAUGUGAUGUUGAUGGAGCUCUUGAGGCACUCAAAAAUGUUUUAUCAACGUAUAAUGCUAAAGACCAAGUUCGCCUUAAAAUUGCAAGUGCUGGUGUAGGACCUUUAACUGAAAAAGAUUUGGAAUUGGCAGCUGAUAUUGGAGCUUAUGCCCUUUCAUUUAAUGCACCAAUUCAUCAAUAUAUUAGAGAUUUGGCUAAAAGUAAAGGAGUGGCUUUAGAAGAAUUUCAUGUUAUUUACAAACUUGUGGAUAGAUUAAAGGAAUUAUUGACACAAAAAAUUACUCCAAUAAUAGAACGUCGUUUAGUUGGCAGUGGAACUGUUAUACGUGCUUAUAAACUUAAAGAUGGACAAAAAAAGAAGCAACCUGUGGCUGGAAUAAAAGUUGAUUGGGGAAAAAUGGAUAGAAAAUUUAUCUGGCGUUUUGUAAGAAGUGGAAAUGCAACGUCUGAAGAAGGUUUGUGUUGCGAUUUUUUUAUUAACGCUAAAAUUGUCCAAAAUUGA